UUCGCGUAAUCUAUUAUAAUUAACUCAAGUGACACUUGCACUGAAAAUUUGAGCGUGUUCUUUUGCAUUUGCACUAUUCAGUGCAACUCAUGGAACUUGUCCAGUGUUGGCGUGAAAUGAGUGCGCACUAACUUUUUCCCAAUCGAAAACGCUAUUAGUAUACUAUUCUUUAAAUUCAUUGCCGAAAUUAUGAUAAUUUAAUAGAAAAUUACUAAUAGUACGUGUAUCAAGUACGCGGUGUAAUCUAUGCCUGUGUGAUACAGAAAUAAACAAAGAGAGACAAAAUAAACAAAGCUAUUGUAGACCGGGAUUAAAGCAUCAGCCUUAAGUCUAUGGGACACUCUCCUAAUAUUUCUCCAUUGUGCGCAGGCCUACAUGUGUACCGUUCAUGAACUGCAAAAUCGCUGCGUGUAGCAGAUGAUCUAGCUACAAUUCGUGGCAAUCGUGCGAAUGAAUCGGCAGCCAUUUUUAAACUGCCCACUUACUAUACAGUGUAUAAAAAGGAUAUGGAUAAUGGGCCUCGCGUUACGAGACGGUAAUUUUAAACGAAUGAGAUUAAAUGGGGCGUGAUUGUUAGCGAGAGGAGAAGCGCAAAGACAGUUCGCACGCGAGAGAAAGAGAGAGAAGGCUGAAAAAAUAACGUAACAACAGUACGUGCAAUCAUCCAUAAUUAUCAUCAUCAUCAUCGUCGUCGUCGUGGUCGUCGUCGUCGUCGUCGUUUUCGUCAGCAGUAGCAGCGGACAAACACGCGGGCGAGAGCAAGGGAACCUCGUUGUUUUUCAGCGAGAGCGUGACCGCAACGAAACGCAACGGGCACGGACGAACGUCACUGGAGCAUAUGCACUUCUUCCCCGCUAAAAUCAGUGUGAUGAUCACCUGUCAACGUUCGAGCGGUGCACGGAAUAUGCCUUUGAGCGCUCGUCCCGUACUUUCCGCAGGAGCGAGAGCGCGUAGCGUGGCCGACUGUGACCGGUCGCGUUAAAAUCGGAUCGGCGCAAGAUACGGAGCCAGUGGUGGAGGAGGAGGAGGAAGAAGAAGAAGAGGAGGAGGAGGAGGAGGAGGAAGCGACGGCGGAGAAGGAGGAGAAGGAAGAGAGAGAGAGGAGGGGAAGAGUGUCUGAGAGAGAUCCGGAAGAGUAGUGUCUCGAGCGCGUGGCACGACAAUGCUGAUUCUAACAUGCGAGAGGACGGAUGCCGCGAUCGUGUCCCUCGUAUGUUAAGUCCUCAUAAUAAUGGCCGAUAAUGUGCACAGAAAAUCGCACAGGCUGUCCGAUGGUAGCAGGAAGAUCUCGAAUCCCGUGCACCGCACAACCACGGAGACGAUCCGUCUGGGCGAGGUAGACAGGCAUCACCAGCAUCAUUAUCAUCAUCAGCAGCAGCCGGUCGUCGUGCCGUCGAGCGGCGUCGUGCAGACGGCGAGCGGCGGCGGUGGUGGCAGCGGCAGCAACGGCGGCAGCGGAGGCGGCCAAUGCAACCGGAAGAAGACGUCGUCGUUCCAGAUCACCAGCGUCACCGUAGGUUGCCGCAUGAGCAAUGACGCCGGCGAAGACUCCAACGACGACCUCGACGAGUCGCACACGGAGGACAACUCGCGCGUCACCGACCUCGACAUCGAGACGCCGAGUUACUCCGAGGACACGUUCUCCAAGGAGGACGUGUUCUUCAAUACGAGCAACGCUGCCCUUAGCACCGCCCCGGUGAUCCCCACCAGUUCGCAGUACGGCCUGGCGAUCGUGCCGUCGUCCGAGGGUGGCGGCGCCAGCAACUCGGUCAACGACAGCAACAUCAGCACCUUGGACGGGCUCGCGUCCGCCGCCGAUAAGCAGGACGCCGAGCUGCGCGAGGUGCACUCGCACGGCCGGAACGAGCGGUUCAAGGUGGUGAAGAUCGAGAGCACGGAGCCGUUCAAGCGAGGACGAUGGACCUGCAUGGACUACCUGGACCACACGUCCGUCAAUCAACCAACCGCCAUCAGCACGCCGAAGGUGUCCGAUCCAAACGAGGUGUGCAUAUCGUACGGGGUGACCGACAGCGGGAUCGUUAUACCAGAGGCGGCUAAGCAAUCCGUAGUGACUGACGAUAAGGGGAUCGGUAUCGACGCUAACGGGCCAGUGUCGUCACACCCGGACAACCCGGUAGUGCAUUCGUCUAUCGCGGCGACGAGCAAUCCCGCGCAAUCGGUGUCGAGUGCGAGCUAUGCGGUGAACAAUUCAAUACCUCCCAAUGUACAGCAUAAUCCCACGCAAGUUCAGACUCAGACCAAGGUGCAGCAGCAGCAGCAGCAGCAGCAACAACAACAACAACAACAACAACAACAGCAGCAGCAGCAGCAACAACAGCAACAGCAGCCGCCGCCACCAUCCGCGCAGCAGCAGAUUCCCCAAUACUUUCAGUCCCAGACUCAACCAAUAACUACUCAGCAACAGCAGCAGCAGCCGCCGUCGCAGCCACCGCAAAGUGGUCAAGGUUCCACGUUACCCUCUAAUUUGCAGCAGGCUCCCACUCAUCCCAACAAUUUGGGACAGCCGCAGAGCAUGCCUCAAGGCUCCAUCCCUAUCAUAACGCAAGCUAGCAAUAGCACGGUAACACCCCAGUCAAGUAUACCUCACUCCAAAGAGGAGACUUACGUGACGGUGAGCACACAGAAUCAAUCGCUGCCGGUGCAGAAUGUCUGCCAGCAAACGGCUGUGCAGCAAAUGUCAAUCCCGACCUCUCAGGCACCAAACAUUCUCGUUACGCAGCACCAGCAGUCGGAAGCGGCGACCUCCUGCCAGCAGCCGCCGUCCCUGCAGCCGCCGACGCAGAAGCCGCAGAUGACGCAAAUUUCCGAGCCACUGACUGCCAUACAGGGGAUACAGGGCAUGCAGAGUAUCCAUAAGGUUCCUCAGACGGCCGGAACCGGGCCGCCACCGCCGCAGCAGCAGCAGCAGACGUCGUCGACGAUCCACCCUUCCGCGGGCGCGCCCGUGCAGUCGCAGGUGAUCGCACCCUCGACGCAGCAGAUGCAGCCGACGCAAACGUCCAACGGUAAUGCUCCGACGGUGCAAAUCGCGCAGGUGACGGCCAACGUUGUGGCUGGCCUGCAGCAGGGAAGCAUCGCGUUCCAUCAGUCUGACCCGGAGCAAGAAUCUAUCUCCGGCAUCGUUCCUAACUCUACCAACGUUCAGUCGGCCGACACGACUCUACUGGAAUCGUUGGCCGAAGUCACGCAAGGCAGCGACGAGAACCGUGCUCUCGAGGAUAACGAGAGUAUGUCGGGGACGAGUGCCGUAGCGAUUGAUAACAAAAUCGAGCAGGCUAUGGAUUUGGUUAAAAGUCACUUAAUGUUCGCGGUACGGGAAGAAGUUGAGGUACUGAAAGAGAAGAUAGCCGAGCUUAUGGAUCGCAUCAAUCAAUUGGAAGCGGAAAAUUCGAUAUUAAAAGCACACGCGACUCCAGAGACACUGGCUCAAUUGAGCCAGGCAACAGCAAAAUUAACCCAAAACAAUUCAGGAAGUGGUCAAUAGGUAACCAUUGUAUAUAAGUUUCUAUCGAUACCUUGUCAAGUAAAUAAUGGAUAAUAUUAUUGUAUAUAACUUUACGAUUUUUAGAAAUUUAUAAAUAAUGAGAUUUAUUAUAUAUAAAUAUAUAUUAGCAUUAGACUCAUUUUUUUAAGUGAACUAAAGAUAAUGCAUUAUUUUUUACUAUUUCAGUUUACCGUUUAGGAAAUAUAUUUAAAAUCGCAAAUUCGUACCUUUUCUUUUCUUUCAAAAUGAACAUUUCAAAGAUGCUGUUAUUAUGGUUCUAAACAGAGAGUAAAACAGAUAUGGCAUGACAAAAUUAAGCAGCGUUAACGUGACAAAGUUGAUAUUAUUUUAAAUUAGAAAUAUGAUACUUAACGUUAAAAAAAGUAACAGUACGGCAGGAUAGACAGCGUGACAUUCCUAGAGUACUUUUCUCACUGUUUUAACACUUAGCUAAUUAAUAGAUUUGAUUAAACAUAUUUGACAAAAUGAACGAAGAUUAACAAAAUUUGUAAAAUAUCGUUUAUAUUGUGUAAUAUUUUAAUAAUUCAGCCUUUUUUUAUGCUGACUGAAAUAGAUAUCGAUGAUAAAUUUUAUCGCUCAUUAUUUUCGAAUAUCAUAUUUCACAUUUUAUAAUCUAAUCCGUGUGUAAACUGACUUUUAAAAUUAGAUGCAUAUACAUAUGUAUAAGUUAUAUGUAUGUAUAUAUAUAUAUAUAUAUAUAUAUAUAUAUAUAUAUGUAUGUAUAUGUGUGUGUGUGUGUAUAUAUAUUGUAAGUCGCAUUAACGAAUCAAAAACCGAGAAAUUUAUUAUUAAUGUGCAUAAAAAAAUCUGCAAUUUCCUGUCAUUUUAUGUUAUAUUUCAAACAUGCCUAAUAAAAAUUUUUAAUUGUAUCAA